AUGUCAGACGAUGAAGUACAUUCUGAUGAUCGUGACGAUGAUGAUUUAGGUUCCGACGAUGAUGGAGUAGAUUUCCAAUCUGAAGACGAGAAUUACUCGGAUCAAGAAGAAGAAGAGGAAGAGGAGAUUAUACAAAAACAUAAGAAGAGUAAAUCGUCGUCGUCAUCGUCAUCAUCAUCAAGAUCAUCAUCAAAACAAAAGAAAAAACCAACACAAAGAAAACGUGGAGCAUCAGAUUACUUUGAAGAUGAGGCCGAUGAAGCCGACGAAGACGAAGAGGAAGAGGAAGGUGAAGAAGGCUAUGAAGCCAUGCUCGAGCAAGGUCGUCAACGACACGAACAGAGACGUCGUGAAGCUGAAGACUUUGACAAGCGUAGAGACAACCGUACACAAGCCGAGAUUGAAGCCGAACUCGAACAAAAGGCCAAUCGUUAUGAAGAGGAAGCCGAUGGCUACGUCGAAGACGAAGAAUAUAUGGGUGACGCAGGUCUCCCCAACCAAAGCUACUGGAGAAUCAAGUGUCGUCCAGGCGAGGAGAAGCAAUUUGCUGCAUCGAUCAUGCAAAAGUUCUUUGCCACGCAAGGCACACCCGACAAGAUCCUCAUCAAGUCAGUGUUGGCACCACCCCACAUUCAAGGUCAGAUCUAUAUAGAAGCAGAGCGUGAGAUGCAUGUCAAGCACGCAAUCAGAGGUAUGCCACAGAUCAUCUACUCGGGCAUGAUGAUGAUCCCCCUCAAAGAUAUGAUAGAGAUCCUCAACAGACCUCGCAAGUCUACCGAUCUCAGUCGUGGUACAUGGGUACGUGUCAGACUUGGUAAAUACAAGGACGAUCUUGGUCAAAUUUGGGAUUAUGAUUCCGAACGUGGUAGAUGUUCAGUUAAACUCAUCCCAAGAAUCGAUUUAACUGUUACUCCAAAAGGUGAUGAUAAAGAUGAAAAUGGUGAAAAGAAAUCACCAUUUAAAAGAAAAGCAGGACUUAGACCACCACAAAGAUUCUUUAAUGCAAAGGAAAUGUCAGAUGUUCAAUCAAUUUCAAAGAAGAAGAUAUUUGGAGAGACGUUUACCAUAUACAACAAUGAAAAAUAUAAGAAUGGAUUCAUCUACAAGGUGAUGAGAAUCAAGAGUAUCGUAUCGGAUGGUGUAACACCAUCGUUGGAAGAGUUACAGAAAUUCCAAGACAGAAAGGAAAACGAUGACUAUAAUAACGACGACGAGGAAGAUGACGACAUUGCAAUGGACGGUUCAUCUUCUUCGGCAUUUGGUCUACUCGAUGCAAGUGUCAUUCCAAAAUUAUCAACCAGUACCAUCCAAUUUACAAAGGGUGAUACUGUCAAAGUUAUCGAAGGUGAUCUUAAAGGUCUCAUGGGUAAAGUUGAAUCAAUCGAUGAUAAAUCUGUUAUCAUUUUACCAAUUCAUGAUGGUUUAAAUGAACCAUUAGUAUUUCCACCAUCAGAAUUACAAAAAUAUUUCAAGAUUGGUGAUCAUGUCAAAGUUAUUACUGGUCGUUAUGAAGGUGAAACUGGUUUGGUUAUGAGAGUGGAAGAUAUGACAGCAUAUGUAUUAUCAGAUAUGAAUCUUGGUGAACUCAAAGUACGUCAACAAGAUCUCCAAGGUUGUACUCAAGUGUCAGAGGGUAGAUUGGAAUUGGGAAAUUAUGAAUUACAUGAUUUGGUUCAAUACGGACCACAAAAAAUAGGUAUAAUUGUAAAAGUAGAAAGAGACUCUUUUAAGAUUUUGGAUGAAACAAUGAAUGUCUCGACUGUAAAACUUCAAGAAGUAUUAAACAAGAGAAAUUUAAGAAAUGCUACAACCACAGAUUCACAAUCCAAUUCAUUGGUUGUAAAUGAUGCUGUUGAAAUUGUUGAUGGACCAUAUAGAGGAAAACAAGGAUCAAUUUUAAGAAUAUCAAGAAACUUUUUAUUCUUAAAGAGUAAAGAUGUAUAUGAAAAUGGAGGUAUAUUUGUUGUAAGAGCCAACUAUAGUACAUUGAGUGGUGCAAAGAAUAGAGUGGGACAAGGUUAUGGACAACAACAACAGCAACAACAACAACAACAAUCAUUUAAUAAUGGAGGUGGUGGAAGAGGUGGAAGAGGAGGCUUUGGAGGUGGAGCUGGAGGAGGACGUGGUGGACGAGCUGGUGGACGUGGUGGACCUGAUAGCCCGCUCAACAAGACAGUCACCAUUACCAAGGGUAACUGGAAGGGUUACGCUGGAACAGUCAAAGAAUGUACUGAAACACAUGUCCAGAUCGAGUUACAGGCCAAACCAAAGAGAAUCACUGUGCCACGUGGUGAUAUCCUCAUGGAGGGCGCUCGUCAACAACAAGACCAAUGGGAUCAACAACAACAGAUGCAAUUGGCCUAUGCCAGUCGUACACCAAUGCGUGAGGAGAAUCCAGGUAUGACACCUAUGCGUACACCAAUGCGUUCCAACAACAACAGCGGUCAUCACGACCCUUGGUCGAGCUCGGCUACACCCAUGCGUUCAACUGGGUCGUCCAACUGGUACUCUGACGACAUGCCAUCACACGGCAGUGGUUCCAGUGGUGGUCACCAAUCCAACAACUCGAACAACAAUAACAACAAUAACAACAACAAUAACAAUAAUGAUUGGUCGACUCCCCAAACAUCGUAUUCCAACUUUUCGCCAUUCAACCCGUCCACCCCAGGUUCUGAUAUGCACAAUCGACACGACUACACCACACCCAUCAGCAUUCCAACCCCACAGAGCUACGAAACACCCACACCGUCCAACUACCACUACGACCAGCAGACCCCGCUCGACGUGCCACAAAGUCCGUUCACGCCACACGCUCCACAGACACCUGCCACGCCAAGCACCCCAUCCACCAACGAAGACCAAGAAGACGAGAUUGACAACUCGCCAUGGCAAGGAAUCGGCUUCCAGGUCACCUACAAGGCCAACGGCGACUUGGGUGUCGUCACAACCAACAGCAACGGUUUCUGCAGUGUCGAUUUCCUCAGCACCAACAAGAAAAUGUCCAACAUUGCCCAAUCGGAACUCGAACUCGUCGUUCCAUCCAAAAAGGAACUCGUCGUUAUCUUGCGUGGUCCACAUGCAACUCAAACAGGCAGUUUGUUUGUUAUCACCACUGCUCAAUCCUAUUCAUCUGGUAUCGUCAAGAUGGAUACCAAUCUAGAUUUCAAGGUACUUAAAAUGGCUAAUCUUGGUAAAUUAAAUAAUCAAGAACCAAAGUAA